AUGAUUGACCAAUCUCCUCCACGAACUGGUCCGUCCUCAUCGGCUCCUCCUGCGCCGCGACGACCACGUCCAGACGCUGAAUAUACAGGUCCUGAUCCUCCUCAAUGGGAUCCACUCAUCCAUCCUGCAGAGCGACCAAUGAUUACUCCAUGGAGCCAACAUUUCAAUCAGGCUCGGCGACAAAUCAUCCAUUCAUGGCACCAACAAUUCAAUCAGGCUCAUCAACAAGCGAAUGCUCAGCUUCAAGCACAAGCUCAUCCGGCUCAGCAAGAAGUCAAUCUUCCGCCGCACCCGCAGGUCAAUCCAGCUCAGCAACAAGUGAAUCCCCAUGUCCAUCCACAGGUCAAUCCGGCUCCGCAACAUAUAAAUCCUCAUCCCCGUCCACAUGCUAAUCCAGCUCAACAACAAGCCAGACAGUCUCGCUCCCCCCCUCAGCACCGAGGUUCUCAUUCUAGACAAGGAGCUAGCAGCUCUGACAGUCAAUCAGGAACCAGUUCAGGCCAGAGCAGUGGAAGCAGUGCCAGCAGCAGCAAUCGCGGCGGCAGUGGAAAUCGUGAGCACGCUCGUGAUGACAAAGGCAAAGCUCGUCAUUGA